CUGGUGCACAACCCGCUGAACAUUUUUCACAUCGAGGUGGCCAUUGAGGACGUGAAUGACAACGCUCCAACCUUCAGCAAAGCUGUUCUGGACCUCGAGAUUGGUGAAUUAAUCCCUCCUGGUGCUCGUUUUCCUUUGGAAAUGGCACGAGAUGUAGACGCAGGAAGUAACUCGCUGCUGACUUACCAACUCACGAGCGACCCGUCUUUCUCACUGUCAGUGAAAGAAAAGCCGGGUGGAAAGAAGCAGCCGGAAUUAGUGCUGGAGAGACCACUGGACCGAGAGAAGCAGAGUUCUUUUGAUCUGGUGCUUACGGCAGUGGAUAGUGGGGAACCCGCGAUGUCUGGGACAGUCCUGAUUCACAUCAAUGUGACAGAUGCAAAUGACAACCCACCCGUGUUCAGCAAAAGUGUCUAUGAAGCGAGAGUGGCGGAGAAUCUGCCGGCGGGGUCUCUGGUGCUGCGGGUGGUGGCCACGGAUGCAGAUGUGGGCUCAAAUGGACGAGUCUCCUAUUCCUUCGGCAACGUCCCAGACGACGUGCUCUCAUUGUUCGCUAUCGACAGCGAGAGUGGAGAGAUCAGGACGGUGGGUCCACUCGAUUUUGAGGAGGAAAAUAAAUACAUUUUUGGCUUGGAGGCGACAGACGGAGGUGGGCUCACUGAUCACUGCGAAGUGCAGAUUGACAUCACAGACGAGAAUGACAACGCGCCUGAGAUCACGAUUCUGUCACUGUCGAGCCCCGUGCCAGAGGACGCACCAGUGGGCACCGUGGUGGCCCUGCUGAAUGUAAACGAUCCGGACUCGGGUGAGAACGGUCAGGUGUCGUGCGAGCUGUCGGGAGAGGCGCCGCUGUCGAUCGUGGCGUCGUCGGGCGGCUCGUACAAGGUGGUGACGACGGCAAGAGUGGGUACUGCAGUGAGCUUCUGGCUGGCGGGCGGCAGCGCGGGCGCGGCGGGCGCGGCGCCGCUCGUGUCGGUGGAGGCGCGGAGCGGCGCGCUGUACGCGCAGCGCUCCCUGGACUACGAGCAGUGCCGCGAGUUCACGGUGGCCGUGCGGGCGCAGGACGGCGGCUCGCCGGCGCGCAGCUCCACGGCCACGGUGCGCGUCUUCGUGCUGGACCGCAACGACAACGCGCCCAGGGUGCUGUGGCCGGCGGCGGCGGCGGCGGCGGGAGAGGCGGCGGGAGGGGCGGCGACGCCUUUCGAGGUGGUGCCGCGUUCGGCCGAGGCCGGCUACCUGGUGGCCAAGGUGGUGGCGGUGGACGCGGACGCGGGGCGCAACGCGUGGCUGUCGUACGAGCUGGUGCAGGCGUCGGAGCCGGCGCUGUUCCGCGUGGGGCUGCACAGCGGCGAGGUGCGCACGGCGCGCGCCGUGUCCGAGCGGGACGCGGCCAAGCAGCGUGUGGUGGCCGUGGUGAAGGACCACGGGCAGCCGGCGCUGUCGGCCACGGCCACGCUGCACGUGGUGCUGGCCGAGAGCUUGCAGGAGGCGCUGCCGGAGCUGAGCGAGCGGCCGGCGGGCGCCGAGGAGGAGGCGGCGGCGGCGGCCGAGCUGCAGUUCUACCUGGUGCUGGCGCUGGCGCUGCUGUCGGCGCUCUUGGUGCUGAGCGUGGCGCUGGCCGUGCUGGCGCGGCUGCGCCGGGCCGGGCCGCCCGCCGUGCUGCGCUGCCUGGGCGCGCAGCGCUUCUCGCUGGCCGGCGCCGCCUUCCCGGCCGACUUCUGCGAGGGCACCUUGCCCUACUCCUACAACCUGUGCGUGGCGGCGCCGGCCCGCGCCGUGCCCGAGGCCGCUUGGCCGCCGCCGCCGGUGCCCGUCCUGUCGGCGGAGGAGCUGCUGGGCGGCGAUUCCUGCGAGAAGCCGAGCCUGAGUAGUAGCGCCCUGACGGGAGAGCCGCCCGCCGAGCCGGACGCCGCUCAGGUCUGUAAAGCGAAUUCCUUCCUUCUGCACCUUUAAAUAACGGCGUGCUGGUGGCAGGGAUCUCUUGUGGUUUUUUUCUUCCUUUAGUCUGUUAGUAUUUCCAUGACCCCGUAAAAUAACUCCUUCACGUUUUUCUUUUUGCAUCAUGUCUUGCGAUCCGGCAAUUGCUGCCUCAUCUGCUGUUGGAAUGGCAAGCUCAGUUGGAGGUUCUUACCGUUCAGCAGUUUUGAACCUCAUUUUAAUUCGUGACUCAUUGUGAUUUAGCUGUAAGGUUUUCUUUAGGAAAAUUUUGUUUUCUUAAUUUUUGCACGUUAUUAACGAAGGAGGCGGAUUUUUAUUGUGUAGAAUGCGAUGUACGUUACGGGCUUGGUGUCGAGAGUUUUCCUUCCCGACAGCUUUUUGUCGAAGCAUGUGUGUUUGGACUGUCUCAUGGGUGGAUCACACCCCUUCUUUUGAGGGAAGGGUACUGUAGGAAUGCUUACACUAUUGAGUCAGGUUGAUUUAGGAUUUUAAAAGGCUCUCUGUGUGUGGCGCCACCUCUGUAUUCAUUACCUGCUAAGUACCCGAACUCUCUGCCUCACCUUAGUGCCAUCAUCACCAAUAUGAUGGCAAUAUUUGACUUAAUACCUAAGUACUAAGUCCUCUUAGUGAGCGUUGUC